UUGAAAGAUGCAUGAGUGUGAUGCAGUCUGGGACACAGAUGGUGAAGCUCAAGAGUGGAACCAAGGGGCUGGUCCGGCUCUUCUACCUGGACGAGCACAGGAGCUGCAUCCGAUGGAGGCCCUCCCGGAAGAGCGAAAAGGCAAAAAUUGUUAUCGACUCCAUUUACAAAGUCAGCGAGGGCCGGCAGUCGGAGAUCUUCCACCGCCACGCCGAGGGCAGCUUCGACCCCAGCUGCUGCUUCACUAUUUACCAUGGGAAUCACCUGGAGACCCUGGACCUGAUCACAUCCAACCCCGAGGAGGCUCGCACCUGGAUCACGGGGCUCAAGUACCUCCUGGCCGGGAUCAGCGACGAGGACUCGCUCGCCAAGCGCCAGAGAACGCACGACCACUGGGUGAAGCAGACCUUCGAGGAGGCUGACAAGAACGGGGACGGGCUGCUGAACAUCGAGGAGAUCCACCAGCUGAUGCACAAGCUGAACGUGAGCCUGCCCCGCAGGAAGGUCCGGCAGAUGUUCCAGGAGGCAGACACAGAUGAGAACCAAGGAACCCUGAACUUUGAAGAGUUCUCAGUGUUUUACAAGAUGAUGUCCUUGCGUCGAGAUCUCUACCUGCUGCUCCUAAGCUACAGUGACAAGAAGGAUCAUCUCACUGCUGAAGAGCUGGCUCAGUUUCUGAGGGUGGAACAGAAGAUGAAUAAUGUGACACCAGAAUAUUGUCUGGACAUCAUACAGAAGUUUGAAGUGUCAGAAGAAAACAAGAAGCAAAAUGUUCUUGGGAUUGAAGGCUUCACCAGCUUCAUGCGCAGCGCGGCGUGCGAGGUGUCCAACCCCCUGCACCGCCAGGUGCACCAGGACAUGGAGCAGCCCCUGUGCCACUACUUCAUCGCCUCAUCCCACAACACCUACCUGAGCGGGGACCAGCUGCUCUCGCAGUCACGGGCCGAGAUGUACGCGCGGGUGCUGCAGGCCGGCUGCCGCUGUGUCGAAGUGGAUUGCUGGGAUGGCCCAGAUGGGGAGCCAGUGGUGCACCAUGGCUACACCCUGACUUCCAAAAUCCUCUUCCGAGAAGUGGCAGAAACCAUCAAUAAAUAUGCCUUCAUCAAAAACGAGUUUCCAGUGAUACUGUCCAUUGAAAACCACUGCAGUAUUCAGCAGCAAAAGAAGAUUGCCCAGUACCUGAAGGAGAUAUUUGGUGACAAACUGGACUUGUCAUCUGUGAGCACUGGAGAUCCCAGACAGCUUCCCAGCCCUCAGGAUUUAAAAGGGAAAAUCCUAGUGAAGGGUAAGAAGUUGCCCUGCAGCCUUGGAGCAGAUGCUGAGGAAGGAGAAGUUUCAGAAGAGGACAGUGCUGAUGAAAUCGAGGAUGACUGCAAGUUAAAGCCCUGCUUUAGCAAUGGUGCAACUCAGCACCAGGUGGAAUCCUUCAUACGAACGAAACUGGAAUCUCUGCUAAAAGAGUCCCAAAUCAGGGACAAAGAGGAUCCUGACAGCUUCACUGUGAGAGCUCUGCUGAAGGCAACUCACCAGAGUUUCAACGUGAACCUCAAGCAGAACCUGGACACAAAAGAAGGUGGAAAAAAGUCUCAUGGUCGAUCAUUAAUGGGCAACUUUGGUAAACACAAGAAAGCUGCAAAGGCAGCAGCCAAGGCCCACAGUGCCUCGGACGAUGAGGACGGCCAGCAGCACCCUCCUGGCAAGGAGCAGCCCCACAGGCUUGCCCGCCGCAGGAAGACAGUGAAGCUGUGCCGGGCCCUGUCUGACCUGGUGGUGUACACCAACUCCGUGGCAGCCCAGGACAUCGUGGAUGACGGCUCCACAGGGAACGUGCUGUCGUUCAGUGAGACCAGAGCCCACCAGGCAGUGCAGCAGAAGGCUGAGCAGUUCAUGCUUUACAACCAGAGACAGCUGACCAGGGUCUAUCCCUCAGCCUACCGGAUCGACUCCAGCAACUUCAACCCCGUUCCUUACUGGAAUGUGGGCUGCCAGUUGGUGGCCCUAAAUUACCAGUCUGAGGGACGUGUGAUGCAGUUAAAUGAAGCAAAAUUCAGGGUAAAUGGCAACUGUGGUUAUGUCCUCAAACCUCAGCAGAUGUGCAAAGGCACAUUCAACCCCUACUCUGCUGAUCCACUUCCUGCCAGUCCUAAGAAGCAGCUUAUCCUGAAGAUCAUCAGUGGGCAGCAGCUCCCCAAGCCUCCUGACUCAAUGCUGGGGGACAGAGGAGAGAUAAUAGAUCCCUUUGUUGAGGUGGAGAUUAUUGGGUUACCUGUUGACUGCUGUAAAGAUCAGACCAGGGUGGUGGAUGACAAUGGGUUCAAUCCUGUGUGGGAGGAGACCCUGACCUUCACCAUCCACAUGCCUGAAAUUGCCCUGGUGCGGUUCCUUGUCUGGGACCACGAUCCCAUCGGGAGAGACUUUGUGGGGCAGAGAACUGUGGCCUUCAGCAGCCUCGUGCCCGGCUAUCGCCACGUGUAUUUAGAAGGACUGACAGAAGCUUCCAUAUUUGUUCAUAUAAUCAUUAAUGAGACCUAUGGAAAGUGGAGCCCUUUAAUCCUCAAUCCCAGUUACACAAUAAUGCACUUUCUAGGAGCCACAAAGAGCAAGCAGCUGAUCGGGCUCCGAGGGCUGUUCUCCAAGGCGCCCAAGGCGGGCACUGCCGAGGCCAGUGGGCAGCACGUGCGGAAACGCUCCAUCGGCGAGCGCAUCCUGCGGCGCACGGCCAGCGCCCCGGCCAAGGGCAGGAAGAAGAGCAAGAUGGGCGUCCUGGAGGCUGCUGAGAUCAAGGACAGCGCCUCUGAGCCAACAGACCUGAAGGACAAGGAAGGGGUGGUCCGGCGGCCAAAGCGGAGCUUGCAGGCGCGCCCUGCGUCCAUGCCCGUGGACAGAUUCCUCAUGGUAGAGUUGCCCUGCCCAGCAGAGGACACUGCCCAGGAGGCCAAGGGAGAGGAAAGCACAUCUGAAAAAUCACACCACAAAAACUGUGCAGACAGUAAAACAGAUGAUGACACAAAAGUAUCUAAGGAAGGGAAAAUCAGUCUCAUAGAGACUUCUCUUUCUCAGAAAGCAGAGGUGGAGAAUCACAAAUAUGACAUGAAGAAAAGCACUGCAGCACCUCUUUCCCUUUCUUCUGCCGUGUGCUCUGAGGGCCCUGACUGUCACUCCACGGUGGCCCUGCAGGACACUGACAUUUCUCACCUCAUUGAUGAAGUCUCUCUCUCGACUGAGAGCGAGCUGGACAGCGCUGUGUCCGCUCUCAUCGGGCAGCUCGAUGGCACAGAUGACCAAACUCCCCUUCCCGCUGUCUCCAGCCCCCAGGGCAGCAGCAGCCAGAGCCCCAGGGCAGGAGCUGCACUCCCACACGUGUUUGCUGCAGACCUGAGCGGCCCCUGUAGGCACAACUUCACUCCCACAAAAUCCAACAAAUCCCCUUUAUUCUCCACUCCGGACACAGCCGUGUUCUCCAGUUUGGAGGAUGCAGAGUAUUCCACGUACACAGUUAUCCACGAGGCAUCUCCAGCUUCUGAAUGUAAGAGCCACAGGGCAUUGGUUUGCAAGGAAAGACUAACUAGUCUAGAAAGUGACUUGCCUGGCUAUUCUUGUUCUUCAGCCCUCUCUUUGCUAAAUGCAAAUCCCAAAAGGAAUUGUGCUACAAAAUCUGGACUGAGCUGGGAAGCCCCCGAGUCUGCCAGUUCUUUCAGUUCCAACAGCCUCAUCUUUGAGGAGGCGCUGGGGGCCCCUGUUCCUGGGGAGCACUCGGCCAGCAGCAGCCUGCUGGAGCUGGAUGGGGACUGCCAGGAGCUGCUGGUGACCGCCUGUGAGUACAGACGGGAGGACAUGAGCCAGCUGGCUUCUCCUCUGAGCCUGAGGCACAAGCAGGAGCCCGGGCACGGUGCUGACAGCACCUCUCAGCGCUCGGAGAAGCACAAGGCUGCAGCGGGCGCUCCCCAGCCCAGCUCAGCCCGCCCCGUGCUCCCGGGGGCUCUGCCGUUCCCCCCUCACCCCGCCAUCCAGCACAGCAGCCCCUGCAAGUCCAAGAGUCUGGGAGACCUGACCUCGGAGGACAUUUCCUGCAACUUUGAGAGUAAGUAUCAGUACAUCAGCAGGAGCUUCAUCUCCUCGGGCCUGAGGGACAGGAAGGUGGCAGCCAUGCAGGGCGUGAGGCCACACUCGACGGACGCGCUGACGGAGCAGCUGCGGAGGCUGCUGUCCCUGGAGCAGGAGGACAGCCGGGAGCCGCUCUGCCCCAGGCAGACGGACGAGGAGUGUCCCCGGGCCCUGGUGAGGAAGCUGUCCUCCCGCAGCCAGAGCCGGGUGCGGAACAUCGCCAGCCGCGCCCGGGAGCGGCAGGAGGCGGCGGGCAAGCAGCGGCCCUGCGGCAGCGGCCUGCCCGGCGUGGUGCUGCGGAACAAGGCCCCGGGCCCGCCCGCCGCAAACCGGCACUCCACCGGCUCCUACAUCGGCCGAUACCUGCACGGCUGCCCCGGGGAGCGCCGCGGGGUGCCCGAGGGAGCCUGCUCCGCCCUGCAGCACGGCUGUGGGGAGCUGCAGCUGCCGCCCGGCGCUCAGGACCAGCCCGAGGUGUAUUUCCUGCUCCGGCUCUAG